UAUUUGUCAAAAUUAUCCACACUUCCAGAGUAUCCUGAUCUCGAUUCCACCACCAUAUAACUCCUCCACUUUCCUCCAUUUCCCCUCCCCUCUCCCUUCAACCCUCCAAUCCAAAAAUCUAAAGUAGAAAAAAGAUAAGAAUCCAUGAUCACCAGAGCCCAUCAUCUCUUCCUCCUUAUCUCCACCAUCCUCCGCCUCUCCGCCUCCACUUUUGCCAUUGGUGUCAACUAUGGAACUCUUGGAAACGAUCUUCCACCACCAUCUCAGGUUGCCAACUUUCUAAAAACACAAACCAUAAUCGAUAGCAUUAAGAUCUUCGAUUCAAAUCCUGACAUUAUUCGUGCUUUUGCUAAUACUGGCAUUACUGUCACAAUCUCAGCUGGUAAUGGCGAGAUUCCUGCUCUUGCCAAUCUAAACAAUGCUCGAAAAUGGGUUGCUGUUAAUGUUUCACCAUUUCAUCCUCGUACAAAGAUUAAGAGAAUUUGUGUUGGUAAUGAAAUAAUGGCUUCUGCUAAUAAAGCUUGGAUUUCUAACCUUGUUCCUGCCAUGUGGAGUGUUCAUAAUGCUCUUCUGCUCGCCGGAAUCAAAGACAUUCAGGUGACUACGCCUCACUCUCUCGGCAUACUCUCUAUAUCGGAGCCACCGAGUGCAGCCAAAUUCAGGCGAGGGUACGACCGAGUCAUUUUUGUUCCCAUGCUCCGAUUUUUACGUCAAACCAGAUCGCCGUUCAUGGUUAACCCAUAUCCUUAUUUUGGUUACUCUCCACAAAUGGCUAACUACGCUCUCUUCAAGCGUAAUCAAGGGGUUCGUGAUCGAUUUACUGGCAUUACUUAUCGUAACAUGUAUGAUGCAAUGUUGGAUGCUGUUCAUUCUGCUAUGAAAAAACUAGGUUAUGGCGACGUGGAUAUCGUCGUGGGGGAGACCGGUUGGCCCUCUGUCUGCGACCCGGGUCAACCGGCUUGUAGUUUCCAGAAUGCAGCUUGGUUUAAUGGGAAUUUGGUUAGACGUGAACGGCAGAGAAGGGGUACACCGCUGAUGCCCAACCGGCGGUUCGAAACGUAUAUUUUCGCCUUAUUCAAUGAGAAUCUUAAACCCGGUCCGACCGCAGAGAAAAACUUUGGUUUAUUUAGACCUGAUUUCAGACCAGUUUAUGAUAUUGGAAUUAUGCGCAAUAGACAGCUGCCAGCCAGUGGUCGCCGCCGCAGUGUGAGACCUAGAGUUGGAGGUAGUGUAGCACCGAAACCGACAGGUAAGCGGUGGUGCGUACCAAAGUCAGGUGCUAGUGCUCAAGCAUUGCAGGCGAACAUAGACUACGCGUGCAGCCAGGGUGUGGACUGCAGGCCAAUCCAGACAGGUGGUCUGUGUUUCGAUCCCAACAAUGUGUGGUCCCAUGCAUCUUUUGUAAUGAACUCUUUUUAUCGGACUCAUGGUGCACGUGACUUCGCCUGUGACUUCUCAAAAACCGGUCUUCUUACUCCUUUUGACCCGAGUCGUGGGACAUGUAAAUACAUUUAAAAUCAAAUUUAAAGAAAUUUAUUAUACACAUUCGGUAUAUAUACAUCAGACCAAUAAAAUAUAAUAAAAUAAUAAUAAUUUAUUUAUUUAUUAUUAAUCUGAUGUAUAUGCAUCCGAUUCGUAUAAAAAUUUCAUUCAAAUUCAAUGGAUGAAGAUAUAGAUAGACAUGGGUUCUAGAGAAGUAAUGGGAAGAGAAAUGGGGGAAUUUGUAAUUGAAGUCAGAAUUGUUUGUUUAUUGCUAUUAUCUUUUUGCCACUUCUUUUACAAAUAGGAUUGGAGGGUAAUUAAGGGAGAGGGGAAGAUUUAUCCAUGGCAAAGCCAAAUUACAUGUGAAGAUUUAUACAUGGCAAAGCCAAAUUACAUGUUCUUGAUUCAUAGCUCAUGGUAAUAAAUUUGCAUGAUUUCAUUCUUAAACUU